AUGACGAUGAUGAUGAGUACCCGUAUUGCGCUUCUCUUGUUUUGGCUACUGUUAUUAUGUGAUGGGAUGAAACCAGAUGAUGGUGUUUGCAGUGAAAAGGAGAAAAGAACACUUCUAAGCUUCAAACAAAGUAUCAGUUGGGACCCUUCAAACCGGCUAUUCUCAUGGUCUGUAGAGCAAGAUUGUUGUACUUGGAGUGGAGUCCGGUGCAACAAUGUUACUGGUCGAGUCGUCGAGCUUCACCUCUCCAAUCCACACAAUCCAUACUAUAAUGAUGAAGUAUCUUAUGAGACGCAGCAGUUGGGUGGGAAGAUUAGUCCCUCUUUGGUGGAAUUAGAAUCUCUGAGUUACUUGGACUUGAGCUGGAACAAUUUCAGUGGUUCUACUAUUCCAAGUUUCUUUGGUUCUAUGCCAAGUUUGACAUAUCUCAACCUCUCUCAUGCUCAUUUUGAGGGGUUGAUUCCUCAUCAGCUUGGGAACCUCUCGAGCCUUCGUGUUCUCGAUCUAAACUAUAAUUCUCAACUUUAUAUUGAUGAUCUUAGUUGGAUUGAUCCUCUUCAUUCCUUGGAAUACCUUGCCAUGGGUAGGGCCGACCUUCACAGAGCAAUCAAUUGGGUUCAAGAGCACCUCUUGCUUUUGUUAAUUUCACGUCUCUUAAAGUCCUUGAUCUUUCGCACAACCAUUUCAAUUACUGGGCAAAUCCCAGACUGGCUUGGGCAAUUGAAACAUCUUGAAUCUCUUUCACUUUCGGGGAACUCAUUGCAUGGUCCCAUUCCAUCAUUUAUUGGAAACUUGUCUUCCUUGAGAGCAUUAUAUCUUUCUCAUAAUCAAUUGAAUGGCACUAUUCCAUCAUUUAUUGGAAACUUAUCUUCCUUAAGAGCAUUAUAUCUUUCUGGUAAUCAAUUGAAUGGCACUAUUCCAACAAGUAUGGGGUUCCUCUCAAAUCUGGAGGAAUUAGGUGUAGGUCAUAACUCAUUAGGAGGCAUUGUUUCUAAAAUCAAUUUUGCCAAACUCUCAAAGUUGGAAGUCUUUGGAUAUGUCUUCAAACUCUAUCUUCUUCAACGUGAGCUCCAAUUGGGUUUCUCCUUUUCAACUUCAUCGGCUUCGGUUGAGCUCCUGCAAGAUGGGUCCAAGGUUUCCUGCAUGGCUACGAACACAAACAUUUUUAUAUUAUUUGGACAUUUCUCAGUCGGGAAUUUCAGGCACAGCUCCAGAAUGGUUGUGGAAGUGGGUUUCAGGUAUGUUCUGGACCUGGCAAAUAAUAUAUUAUCAGGUGAAGUUUCUCAUUGCUUGAUGCAUUGGCAACGUCUGGAAUGUGUGAACAUAGGGAGUAACCACCUAUCUGGUAAAAUUCCUAACCCUGUGGGUUCACUGAGCUGCACCCAUUUGAGCCUCAUUAAUUUAGGUGAAAAUGAAUUUACCGGACUCAUUCCGAAUUGGAUUGGAGAAAUGUUGUGCUUGGGGGUUCUCCGCUUAAGAUCCAAUAAAUUUAUCGGCAAUAUUCCAUCAAAAAUAUGCCAACUUUCUAAUCUUAUAAUCCUAGAUCUUGGGAAUAAUAGCCUAUCAGGACCCAUACCAAAAUGUUGGAAGAAUAUUAGUGCCAUGAUUACCACAAAUUCUUCAAUUCGACACUCAUUUGGUGUUGUACUUUAUAAGAAUAAUAUUCAAAUCUACAAGAAUAUUCUCUCAUUGGUGACAUUGGUGACAAAAGGGAGGGAAUCAGAGUAUGAGGAUAUUCUUGGACUUGUUAGGAGCAUAGAUCUCUCAAAUAAUAAUUUAUCCGGGUCGAUCCCAUAUGAGUUAUUUAGUCUUCAUGCAUUACAAGUUUUAAACUUGUCUCAUAAUCAAAUUACGGGAAAGAUACUAGAGAAUAUUGGAGGCAUGACAAUGUUAGAAUCAUUUGAUAUCUCGAGAAAUCAUCUUUUGGGUGAAAUUCUUCAGAGCACGUCGAAUUUGACAUUUCUCAGCUACUUGGACUUGUCAUACAACAAUUUCUCUGGAAGAAUUCCUUCAGGCACCCAACUUCAGAGUUUUAAUGCAACUAGCUACAUUGGCAAUGUUGAACUUUGUGGAGCCCCUCUCAACAACAAUUGCACAAGAGAGGAAGAAUCUCAAGGCCAAGGUGUGAUAACAAGGGAGAAAGAGGAAGAAGAGUAUGAAAUGGUAUGGUUUUAUAUUGGCAUGGGUCCGGGAUUUGUGGUUGGAUUUUGGGUUGUUUGUGGUACUCUUAUCUUGAAAAGGACAUGGAGGCAUGCUUAUUUUCAGCUUCUUGAUAACGUGAAAGACUAGAUCUACUUGGCUAUAUUGCUGAAGGUGAACUGGCUCCGCAGGAAGUUCAAUAGAUCUAAUUAUGCAUGAAGAUCAUCAUCAUCUUCUACUAGGACAUUUUGCAUCAAUCGGGAACAAGAUUUUCAUAUAGUUUAUGCUGCAGACUAUCUGGCUCUUGGAUCUGUUGUUGGUGUGGUUUGCAUUUGCUUUGUUGGUGUUUUGGUUUGUUGCAUGAAUUUCCUCUUUUCUUGAUUGCAGGUUUUUGAAAGUUGUUUUCCUUUUAUGUUGAUGUAAUUUCCUACCUAUUUCAUUGUAUGGUUUGGCCUGUUUUAAAAUUUGUUUUGAUUAAGGGAGAAAAAAAAAAAAGCAGCUAUUGCCUACUCAUGUAUAAAUAAAUAAGUUACGCUAUACUCAAUAUUCUAUGUAUAAUAAUGGUGUUUUAAAUUUCAAUUAUCCAAAUAUACAUACAUAUAUACAUAUACAUACAUAUAUAUAUGUAUAAUGAUAGGGAGUUCGACAAUUAUAUCGAGGAAGCGGGGCUGGGGGAUGACAUGUGCCACAAGUACAAGGAGACGGUUCAUCUCCACUAGACAUAUCAAUUCUCGCUUUCUGGAUAAUUAACAAGUUGUAGACACCACAUUCUUGCAUGCAGGUAACUACUCGGACGACUCCUGUUAUCAUCAUCAUCAUUAUCAUCAUCCCUUUUUUUUUUUCUUUUUUCUUUUUUCACAGUACUUCUUCUAUCAACCUCCCCUUUCAAAAGUAGAGAUGAGAGGUCAAAUUAUUGGAUGUGAUUGUUUACUUUUAUAAGUUCAAAGGCAAGAAAGUUAAAUUUGUAAUUUUACAAAAACAAAAUAGUACUUUGAUUUUUCAAAGGAGAUAUUUAUUUUGGGACAGCUAAAAAUAAAAAAAUAGACAUUUUUUUUUUUUUUGUUUGGAACAAAAAGAGUACUAUAAAAUAAAAUAACAUUAUCAAAAAUUCGAAAAAACAUAUGGUGUAGGACAAUUCAGAAUAUGGAUGGAUAGCAAGAAAAUGAAAUCUCAUAUCUAGUCAACAUGGACUCCCCCAUUUUAUUCACAUUCGGCUACUUUCUAAAGUCAAGUCUUCAAUGGUAAUUGCCUUCUAAAAUUGAUAUGUCCACUUUGGCAUCAUGCAAUUACUCGAGCCACACAAUGAAGGCUUCAAGUCAAGUCAUCAAACAUUGCCAUUUUUAUUUUAUUUUUUGUUGAAAAAUCAAUUGUGCUUGUUACGAAGGAUUCUUAUAAGGAGAGUGCCUAUGCAGGUUGGUGCCAAGUACUCAAGAAGACUUUGAAUACAUUUUCAUAAGAUACUUUCCUCAAGUAUCCUAGACUAUACAUAGCAAGAGUCUUGAAAUCAAAUUAUAACUUUAUUUAUAUAUUUAUUUAUUUGUGCUUUCAACCCUGAGGGAGGAAUUGAUUGAUACAUGUGUUUACAUCCUAUAUUUCAGCCAAUGAGUAGUUGACACGUGGCGAGUUUUACAUAAGACUUGCCAUAUAUCAAUUUUAGUUGCACCAUAAUUAACAGUUGCUGUGGCCGAUUCCAAUGGAAGGGUGAUAUGCAAAUAUAGGUGCAAUCAUAAAGCAACACGUGGAUUCAUCUAAGAAAGCCAUUUGGUGAAGUAACCACUUUGGAACACGUGGCAAUCAAGGAAGCAAGCAGUUACAUACAAAUGAAAAGUCAUAGGACACAUAACAGCCAGGAAGCAAGCGGUUACACGUAAGUAGAAAGUCAUGGAACACGUGACAGCCAAAGAAGCAAGCGGUUACACGUAAGUAGAAAGUCAUGGAACACGUGGCAGCCAAAGAAGUAAGCGGUUACAUAUAGGUGUUGGCAGUCAAGAAAGCAAACGGUUACAUGCAAGUGGAAAGUCACAAGACACAUGGCAACCAAGAAAGCAAGCAGUUACAUGCAAGUAGAAAGUCAUGAGACACAUGACAGGCCAAGAGAUAAGUAGUUGGAAGACAUGACUUCCAAGUGGGACACGUGGCAAAAUUGCAUAAUAAAAUUAUCAAAGGAUAAAAUAAUACUGUAUUCCUAAAUCACAGAAACAAAAGAAAAAAAAUGUGAAUCCAAAUGUAGCUAGACAAUUGGGCCAGAUACAUGUCCAGUAAGAAAAAAAACAAAGCUAAAUGAGUUCAAGUCCAAACUGGCCGGCCCAAUAGACCCUUGUUCAUACACAAUUCACUAAUAUAGUUUUUUCUUGCUAGGCAAAAAAAAACAAAAAACAAUGCCCAAUGUAUUUCAUUUUAAACGAAUCAUAUAGGAAAAGUAUAAAUUUUAAGCCUAAAUAAUUUUGAGUUAUUAAAUUUUGGUAGCUAGGUAAAUAACUUAUCACUAGCUAGCAGCAGACUCAAAAAAUUU